AUGGGACACAAGGCCGUCGCAUUGUACUUUCUCAUCGUGCAUCCAGGCUUCAACAAAUUGAUCUUCACACCGUGUCGCUCCAUCCUCAUCCUCGCUGCCAGCCUCCUGUUCGUCUGCGCUCUCCUGCUGCCGACGCUGCUCGGCCGCUGGGGGCGCUUCGGCUACGACGCGACGACGUUUGCCUGUACGGUGCUGCCGACCGACGACACGUCGGCACUCCGCUUUCUGUCGGCGCUCGCCUUCGCGCUGCCGGCGGCGACCAUCGUCAUCUGCUACUCCCACAUCGCCUGCGUCGUGCGUCGGCGACACGAGCUGCGUCGGCAGACGUCGUCAGCACCGGGGCGACGCAGCGCUGACACGCGUCUGACGCUGAUGAUCGUGAGCAUCCUCAUCCUCCACGUGCUCUGCUUCCUCCCGUACGCAGUCGUCCACGGCGUUCCGCCGACGGCGACGUUCUCUGCCGACGCGCGUGUCGGCGUUGAGGUGCUAACGUGGGCGUCGCACGCCGUCAACCCGUACGUCUACGCGAUUGUCAAUAAGAGCUACAGGUUUGCUUAUAUAGCGCUCGUUCCCUGCCGACGUCUGCGAGCGCGGCUGCGAACAGGGGACCCCUCUGGCGACACGUCCGAACCAAGGACGUCGAGCAGGGACAGAAUGAAUACGAUCGACUUUCGCCCGUCGCCCGCCCUUAGCGUUUCCGAACGUUUCCGGCCGGUCCGUAGUCAUGACGUCACGCCGGAAAACGUCGCGCCGGAAGUUGAGCCUGCGGGACAGACUGAUACGACGGUGGCGACAUCUAGCGGCUGAAGUGGGAAUCGAGCGCGCCCCAUGUUCAAUGUUUGGAACGACUGCAUGCGCAACGUAACAAUAUGUAUAUAUAUAUAUAUAUCAGAUAUAAAUGGCGGCAAUAAGAUUAAAAACAAACAAAAAAAGUCAAAAGCCGAACAACAAUAGACCAGCAGAACUAUAGAACUAUAGAUCUACUAGCUCUGGUAACUAUGGCCCGCGUACGGUUUCCGCAGGCAACCGUACGUACGCGGGCUAUAGUUACUAGAGCUAUAGAACUACAUAACAAUAGAUA